AUGAGCAUAAACAGAAUUUCAACGCUUCAAAACUCGCUAAACAGUAGAAUGAACGACAGCCCAGUGAGGGAUAUAAGCAUUAGUCGAGUCUUGUUCUUCGUGGCCGCUGGCUUUUUGUGUUGCUGGAUACCAAUGUGGGCACUUGCACUCUGGAUGCGUUUUUCCCCAGAAACCUGUCCUAGAGCUGUGCAACUGAUUGACGUCUUUUUGUCUUAUCUCAGUGCUUCAGUAAAUCCACUUAUUUAUACUUUCACAAAUAGCGAGUUCAGAAGGGAAUUUCGCAAACUUCUCCGUUGCCGCAACAAAAGGGCGUGGAAUGCAUCAAACAAAGCCAUUUCAGCUGGUGACAAGGGCGACGGGUUACUGGACAGGCGAAACAAACGUCGAAGUGUAGUUAGCUUUCCAACUGUCUGAAAUAUCAUCCUAUUUGCUAAGGUUUGAGUGGAUUUUUUUAUUGCUGUUGUCGUUGUUACUCUUUCGAUCUAUUCCGUUCCGUCAGCACUAGAUGUUCAUUUUUCUAUGCUGACUUUUUAUGUUUGUUCCAUUACUCUGUUUUGUUUCUUUUUGUUCUCUAAAUUCAUUUUAAGAAAAUGGCUUCUUGCAUUUGGUAAAACUUACAGCUGUUUAGCUUGUUCGUCACUUUUCUUUCCAUGCUUUCCAGAAAUGUCCAUGAUUUUUCUCCUUUGUGACUAAUGAAUAAGUGUAAACUUAUGUAAAUGUAUAAAGAUGAGUUGCUAGUUUUUUGGGUCUGUUUAUUUGCAAAGAAUGUAACUCUGAGGAGAUGAGAAAAAUAAUAAUAACAGCAAACAUGAGCCCCACUUCCAAACCAAAAGCUCACAUUUUUCAUCUAUUUACAUUAUAAUAAAUUAUUAUGUAAAUAGAUAAAAAAUGUAAAGCUUGAGCUCUCAUGGCAAAAAGCUGAAUUAAUUCUGUAAGUUAGAGAUCGAUCGAAGAAUCCCGAUACCCGCAUUACCAAUCAGCUAUGGUCUCUUAAACUUAAUUCAAAUCCAUUUAGAUGGAAAAUCUUGCGCCAAAAAAAAUUAUUAUGCUGCUCUCCUCAACUACAAUUCAAUUAGGUUUUUUUUGUUUCAUUAAUCUAGUUCGAGAAAGACAAGCGGGAAAAAUUAAUCUUCAGGGCUCCUUCUGAUGGAUUGAUUGGGGGAGCUGUGUUUUACUAAUUUAGUUCAAGAGGGACAAGUGGGAAACAGGGCUCCUGUUGAUACAUCGAUUGAGGGUAUUGUGUUUUACCAGUUUAGCUCGGGAAAGACAAGCGAGAAACAGGGCUCCUACUGAUGCAUCGAUUAGAGGGCAUUGUGUUUUACUAAUUUAGCUCGAGGGAAACAAGAGGAAAACAGGGCUCCUACUGAUGCAUCGAUUGGGAGUGUUGUGUUUUACUAAUUUAGCUCAGUGGAGACGAGCGGAAAACAGGGUUCCUACGGAUGGAUUGAUCGAAAGUAUUGUGUUUCACUGAUUUAGCUCAAGAGAGACAAGCGGGAAACAAUAGUCUUCAAGCAACUGAAACGACCACCUGAGCCUUAAAUUAAAUAAAGGUGUCUGUCUGUGUAAAGAAAACACUUGUUUUUUCCAUGCCAAAUAAGCUUGAUUUUUCACAACAAAAUUCUAUUAAGAGACCAAAAUGACAAAAUAUAGCGUCGAGUGCCCCUUUUUUCCCAUCUCUCCUUUAUAGGUAAUUAUGUGAUUAACUAAUAAUUGGAAAAUUUUUCAGGCAAACUCUUUCCCUCUUAAUGCGAAACGUAUGGUGAGUUUUACCAGAAUGAGUUCAACUGUACGUUUAUAACUUUACCAAGCACCCUACGUUACUGACAAAUCUUUCACCAGUGGGAAAUUGGAGGCGAAAAAAAAUUUCCCUCGAAUAGGUUGAUUGAGACUCCCGUUAUACAUAAAUUAAAUUAUCAAUUUUCUCAGUCAUCUUUGCAGAAGCGUGCCUGAUUAGCCAUACAAUGGAUAGGCCUGGAAACUAUUUAAAUAAUCACUGGUGGAGGUGACACGGAUGCAAUCUGGCCGCUAUCCAAGAGAAACAAACAUCCGCUGGUAGUUGCGUGAUUGAGAAUUAUUGCAACCAGCCUUCUUUGUCACCUGUCACUUUUUAAAAUAAUGAUAAUGAAUCAUUCAGCAAUCCCUCUAAAUUUGUCGCCUGGCUUUGGAACGCUUUUGCGGACACUGGGUGUUACCAUUAAAAAAAAUAUUAAGACACCUCAAAGUGAACUGUGUAAAAUAAGGUAAGAUAAGGUAAAGAUUUAUUAUUACGUCUCUACAUAUUUUUGGCCACAUCUAAAGAGGGUUUGUUUGAAAUUGUUUUUAUAUCUGGCGUAGCGCAGGUUCUUUAUGUAGAACCCUUAAUUUUCAAAUAUUAAGAUUGUGUUAGGAUGCUUGUACUACAAGACUGACUGACUCAUUAAUUUAACGAAAUUUAUUUCAGAUUUUUUACCUCGAAUACCUUCGGUUAUAUAAGUAUCUAAGCUUUAAAAAGCAAGAAUUAGUUCAAAAUUAGAUGGUCAUAUUCGACAUUGUAUUUUAUGAUGUUAAAGUAGUAUGAAAAAUAAUGCAAUCGAUUAUCGCCGAAUAUCGUGGUUCAUUCCUCCGAGAUAUCGUCGAUUAUUGGAGAUAUAUCUUUUCAUUUUGUCGCCAAGAGAGAACGAUAAAUCGACGAGACGACAACGCUUCAGCAGGCAAGUAAAUUUUUCUGGGAAAACAGUAAGUGAUUCAUAUCAUACCUACGACCGACCUGAAGCUAUAUACUCGAUUGCGAAUGUGAAUUAAAGGUCCGUAACAAUAAAAAAAAAAUUGAACUUUUCUAGUUUAUCUCGCCUUCGUCAAACAAAAGCACUCUGCCCAAAGUAGGUUACAGUGAUCUCACCAGUUGAUCACAAUAGCUUAGAUAACGCAUUAUAUACGGUGCAAUCUAAAGAGCACAAGCGUUACGAAUAAUGAAACCAAUUCCAGCGAACUGAUUAUUAAAUUCGUAAUCACCUCCUUAGAUUUGCUUAUUUUCAUCAAAACCCUCUAGCUGUUUCCGAGUUUCAUCAAGGCUCUGUGCGAUGAAAUUAAGGGCCAUAUUGAUUUUUGUUCGAGUCUUUAAACAGCCCCUCUGUCGGAUUUUUUAAUAAGUCUAGUGGAUCACGUACCGGUUUGAAAUAAAAUGUGCAAAACGAUGAAUAGAAGAAUAAAUAAUGAAAAUAAAAAAAUCCGUCGCCGCUUCGCGAAAACCUGAGAGCGGUGAAGGAGCUUGCUAUGGACUUAGGUAGUGAAAAACAGGAUUGUUAUUUUCCUUGGCCGCGGCCGCACUUGAUAAGUAAACCCGGUUAUUUCUAAUAAAUCAAUCGCUUUUGUCGGCUUUUAAUCGAACAGAAGCUGCGUUAACGGUAACCAAGAAGUUAACGUAGAACAUGAGUGCAGAGAAAGGAAUCGAAAAGAAAGAAAGCGAGAAAAUAACAUCGUGGCCCUCGAAUUCUGCAUUUUAUGAUGUCAAGUUCACCAACUUCAUAACCUAGUUCAGUGCCGCCGUUCAAAAGAAAUUCCCUUUAUUUCAUCUUAACCGACCUUUUACCGAGUUAAAUUUUUUGAAACUUUAACUAGGUUUCUAUGAAAAUAACCCAAUGAAAUAUCUUAUUGCGGCCGCAGCCACCAGUUUAGCUAUUGUAUUAUUUGUCCAUUGAUUUACUCAAUCGAUUUAUUUAUGUAUUCAUACGUUCUUAAAUUUUAAAUUAUUAAUUAAACUUUUAGGGAGAAAAGAUGUCAAACCUAGAGUUACCAAGCCGAAGCUUACCUGUUGUCAUAACUGAGGCAAGUGUUUGUAUUGCAUUGAGUAUCACAAGCAUCAUUGGAAACAGUCUUGUUUGUAUAGCAACAUAUAGAAACCCAAACUUGCGAUCAACUUUCAACCUGUACAUCAUUGCCAUAGCAGUUAGCGAUUUGCUGUGUGCAACAGUAGAUAUGCCGUUAGCUUCUACGACACUGAUCAUUGGAAAAUGGGUCUUCGGCGAUGCUGUAUGCCAGAUUCAAGGUUUUGUUGAUGUGUUCACCUUUAACGUUACCCCAGCAACCCUCGGCUUGACGGCGUUUAACCGUUACAUGAAAAUUGUGAAGACAAACCAUUACAAUAAGAUUUUUUCGACUCGCAAAUCUAAGAUGUGGCUGAUUUGCUUGUGGCUUACCUUUGCACUUUAUCUGAUCAUUGCACGAUUCACAAAUUGGUUACGGAUUAAAUUUGUCCAAAGCUACGCAGUGUGCGCUUUUGAUUUCCCAACUAGUGAAAGUCAAAUCGUUCAUUACUGUAUCACUGUGGGACUGCUUUUUAUUUUACCGUUGUUUAUCGGUAUUUUCAGUUAUUAUAAGAUAUAUCUUAAAACCCACGAGCAUCAACAGAAUGUGGUAUCAUCGCUACAGAACAGAAGUGGAAAUGGUGUAGUGAGAAGCUCAGUGAAAGAAACAAACAUUAGUCGAGUGUUAUUGUUCGUGGCCGCGGGAUUUUUGUGUUGCUGGAUACCAAUGUGGGCACUUGUUCUCUGGUUUCGUUUUUCUCCCGAAACUAGCCCAAGAAUUGCAGCCAUGCUAUCAAUGUUUUGCUUUUAUUUGAGUGCUUCAGUAAAUCCUUUUAUUUACGCUUUCACAAAUGGUGAGUUCCGAAGGGAAUUUCGCAAACUGCUGUCUCGCUACUGUCGAAGGGCAAGAAUUGCUGACAACGAAGUCAAUGAAGGUGAAGAAUAA